AUGUCGUCGGCCCCCCCUCCUCCCCUCGUCGCGCCUCCUCUCGUCGCGCCUCCCCUCCCCUCGUCGCGCCUUCCCUAUCAUCGUCGCGUCUCCCCUCCCCUCGUUGCGCCUUCCUUCCCCUCGUCGCGUCUUCCCUCCCCUCGUCGCGCCUCCCCUCCCCUCGUCGCGCCUUCCCUAUCCUCGUGGCGCCUCCCCUCCUCUCGUCCCUCCCACCAUAUGCCUUCAAGCGUGGGCCGUGCGCCCCAGCGAGUGCUACUGUGGGACAAGGUGGGGGGCGGGGGAGGGGGGGACAAGUUCAUUUACUUCUACAAGGGUUAUCGAGCAACACCUGUACCAAACCUCUGUACACGCCCAGCUGCAGGAGCGAUGAAGCGCGGGGAGGCGCGGCGGGUGGACGUGGCGUACAACGUGGAUGAGGAGGAGGAGGAGGUGGCGGCGGAGGACGCCAUGCGCGAGCAGGAGGCGUGGGAGCGCUCCUACGCCAACGACCGGCUCCUGGGAGGCCCGUGCAGGCAGGCGGCGAGUGAGGUGGACAUGAAGCCAUCGCGCAUGGCAGCCAUGGCGCGCAGCAGCGAGGCAUUCAUCCUCAACUUCUUCGACAGCAACCCCCUCAGCCACCUCGCCCUGCUGCUGCUGCGCGACGGCGUGGCCUCGCAGCUCUCAGAGCUCACCUCGCCGCCCGACGCGCACAUCAAGGCGCUGCAGUCCAACCUCUCCGCCUCGGGGCCCGCCUCCCUGCAGAACGUGGUGGAGGCGGCGGUGGAGGCGGUGGCGCACGUGCCGGCGUACGGCCACCGCGAGCUGCUGCUGCUCUUCGCGGCGCUCGCCUCCACCGACCCCGGCGACAUCCUGCCCGCCAUCCGCCGCGCGUGCGCCGCCCACCUGCGGUGCUCCAUCAUCGGCGUGGGCGGCGCCGAGGUGCACAUCUGCCGCCAGAUCGCCGAGCAGACGGGCGGGCGCUACAGCGUCGCCAUGGAUGACGUGAGGCCCGCGGGGCUGUGGGGGGUGACGGAUGACGUGAGCCCUGCUCAUCUGAGGGAGCUGCUGAUGAGCCACGCGCCGCCACCACCGGUGCAGGCGGGCAGUGCGGGCAGUGCGGCCAGCCUCGUGCGGAUGGGCUUCCCCCAGCGCGCCCCCGAGGGGGCAGCAGCGCUGUGCGCCUGCCACAUGCACCUCCGCCUCGCCGCCACCUAUGUGCCGGUGCUAUGCUCCCAGACGCCACUCACUCCCUCUCUGAAAGCCAUGUUCUUCUUACCACCCAUUCCCAUUGCAUCUCAUCUGCAUCACUUCCUCCACCUGCCAUCACUUCCUCCACCUGCCAUCACUUCCUCCACCUGCCAUCACUUCCUCCACCUGCCAUCACUUCCUCCACCUGCCAUCACUUCCUCCACCUGCCAUCACUUCCUCCACCUGCCAUCUCCAACCUCGCGGGUGUGUGCGCUGCCAGCGGAGUGCCCCGUGUGUGCGCUCACGCUCGUGUCCUCGCCGCACCUCGCCCGCUCCUACCACCACCUCUUCCCCGUGCCGCCCUUCUCCGAGGUCCCUCUGCCGCCCGCUCCUAAGCGACCUGCUGGGUCGUCAGCCCCUGCCGCCCCGCACAGCGACCUGCCGCCCGCCUGCUUCAGCUGCACUGCUGCACUGCCUUUCCUCGAGACGGAGGGAGGGGGAGUGCGGGUGGAGUGCCCCUCGUGUGCGCGGCACUUCUGCUUUGACUGCGACGUCUUCAUCCACGAGAGCCUGCACAACUGCCCCGGCUGCGAGGCCACCCGCCUGCCCCAAGUGGCGUAG